AUGCCUUUCCCUUCCUGCUCUUCUUGCGUCCAUGCCAUCACCUACACCGUCCUCUCGAUCACUCUCGCAGUCUUUGCAAUCUGCUCAGCCUCUCAAUCCCACAAGACCCAAAUCCCCGUUUCCCCAGCCGACGACCACUCAUCGUUGCCGGCCCAAAAUCCAUCCACCAAUGCCAUGGAGGCCCUACAGAAAUUGGGCUACAAUAUCUCGGCCACCCUCCUCCAGCUCCCCUCUGAGCACUUCCUUCCACCCUCCCAAGGGACCCUCUUCCCCAUCGUCGACCGUGCAAUCUCUAACAUCUCCCUCCCACCCCAAUUCACGACAGAUUUUCUCCAUUACCACACCUCCCCUAAAAAACUCACCUUCCAAGAUCUCCUACUGCGCCCCCUCAACAGCUGCAUCCCAACCCUUCUCCACCAAAAGAAUCUCAUGAUCACGAAAAUCAACCAAGAAGAAAGAAUGGUGGAGAUCAAUCAGGUCCCAAUAUCUCAUCCGGAUAUCUACACUGACAGCCAUUACACGAUCCACGGCAUUCUUGCGCCGUUCUACUCCCCCAAGCCCGCUGAUUUCCUGAUUAGCAAUGAUCUGAUACCGUCACCGACGUGCAACGAGAAUGCUGGCCUGAUUGCGAAUCCUGAUGGUGAAAGAAAUGCAGUCCCAUGGCCUCAGAUCAUCCGGCUGCUUGGCUUGAAUGGAUUCACCUCAUUUUCAAUUGGAUUGCAAUUGGUUCUUGAUGGGAUUCUUCAAGAUUUUGGGAAUUUGAGUUCAGUUACGAUCUUCGCUCCACGGGAUUACGGGUUUUCCUACAUCCCUUCGCCAUCGCCGUUGCUUGAAAAGGCCAUUAGACUUCAUAUCUUGCCUCAGAAAAUGUCUUACAGCAGAUUGGCUCAGAUGCCCAAUAAAGAAUUUCUUCCGACGCUGAUUCCCCGUCGGGAUCUCCAAAUAACCAACACCGUUGAUUUUGCUGAGAUUCUUUCGAUCAACAGAGUGGAGGUUACAGAACCAGAUAUCUUCUCAACGAAGAUGUUUGUGAUUCAUGGAGUUUCAUGGGCCUUUGAGUUUUGAAGAUUCCUUCAUGAUUCGGAUCUCACGGAUUGCAAAUUGACGAGUUCCUUUGAUUUUUCUACUGUUCUUGAGCUCAUGUUUCUGUGAUUUUCAAGUGCAUGGGUGUAAUUCUGUAAUCUUGAAAGUUUUGGGUUUUUUGCUUUGUGUAGAUGGAUUAAGUUGGAAAA